AUGGAGAAGCUCUUGGCGUUCAUCGCAGACUAUCGCGAGAACAACGGCAACAGCGUCGACGAACUUGAGCAUCAGCCCACAGCCCUCGAGUUCAUGCGGCAAGUCGGACAGAACAGACCUCUCGUCAUCCGUCGUUCUUGUACGCCCCUGAAGAGGACUUGGUCUGAGCAGUAUCUCGCGGACAAGUUGGGCGACACGCCUGUGCCUAUUGCGAUCACCCCAGACGGACGAGCAGACUCGAUCGUCAACGGUCGCUUCACCCUGCCAGCCACAGAGGAGAUGACCAUGCGCGACUUUCUCUCCAGCCUGAGGAAGCCUGCAGAUGCACAUGAGCCUGUACGAUACUUGCAGAGUCAAAACUCGAAUUUGACCGACGGUCCGCUUGAUGUGCUCAAAGACGAUCUUCAUCCGCCGCCUGAGUAUGCACUCGACGUAUUCGGAACGGAGCCAGAUGCAACAAACAUAUGGAUAGGCAACCAUCGUAGUGUAUCGUCAGCCCACCGCGAUCCGUACGACAACAUUUAUACUGUCCUGCAAGGGAGCAAGACUUUCAGUCUUUGGCCUCCUCACGAGGUAGCCUGUCUCUACGAGCGCAAUGUGCAUACCAGCGCAUGGCAGUGCGAUAGCUCGGGCGUCUUCUCGCAGAACAUGCAAGAUUCUGAGCCUAUUCCGUGGAUUCACAUCGAUGCCGAUACGCCAGACUACGGCCGCUUCCCGCUUUUCAGACACUGCCAGCCUCUACAAGUCACGCUUCGGCCAGGGGACGUGCUCUACCUGCCCCAUCUCUGGUAUCAUCAAGUCUCGCAGGCAGGCCAAGAAAUUACGAUCGCGCUCAAUUGGUGGUUCGAUAUGUCCUACUCGGGAGCAGACUGCUUCUGUCUGCUCAACGCCGUACUUCUGCAAUCAAGCUUCUUCAAAGAAGAAAUCGUCAAGAUGUUCAGCAAGCUCAGCCUCAUCGUCGCUGCCGUCGUCGCCCUCUCUAGCUUGGCUUCUGCCACUACCUCUCGUGAGGCACUCGUCAAGCGCGUAUCGACGGGCGGUGGCAACCUCGACUGCUACAUCGCCUACAACCCUGUCGAUGUGACCUACAUGGACGCUUUCGCGUUCACAUUCUCCAAUGGCGACUUUACGACGGUUAGCCAGCUCGCUCCCCACUCCGUCAUCGCAUCGAGCGUGCCUGGCGACGCAAACAGUGUUACUUGGAGAAUGAAAAACACGGAUGCCAAAGGCAACACAGACGAUCUGACGUUCCUGAUCGAGUACUCUGGACUCAUGCCUACGGGCGUCAAGCUCCUCAGUGCAUCGCAUAACGGUCACGAUGGCUUCAACUUUUAUGAUCUCACCUGUGGCAAUGUCAAGGUCCCUCAUCUUGGCUAG